UCCACCUGCCAGCGCUUUUUCGAGCAGUCAGAAGCGAAUACACUUUAACCAGUAGCACUGGCAGCGUGUUUAGACGAGUUUCAGACAACGAGUUCUUCAAGUUAUUUUUUUUAUCAGCGAACUGAUACAUUGGAGUUUCCAUAAUUUCUCGUAAUUAAACUUAAGCUAUUCGAUAUUGAUUUGGAGAGACUUUCUUUUCAGAUGCGCCUCAUGAGCAUUGGAACGGGCAGCGGCAAAGACACCGGACUCAGGUGUAUCUCUACGUAAAGACCGUCCUGCAACGGCACCCCGGAUCUUAUACAUUUUAAACUUGGGAGACUAGAAACUAUUUCUUGGAAAUCUGUUGGUUUCUUCGAUGACUUUUAAGGUUGGACUUGGACUCAAAGUUAUUUCUGGAGAGUUAAGCAAGUAAUUAUUCAUAACGUUAUCAGUGCUUUGUGAUUGUUGUAUUCCUGGAGGUUGGUUCACCAUGCUGUUGGACGGUCUGUGGACGGUCCACAUGCUUCUGGCCCUGGUUGUCGGGGCUCUGUGCAAUCACAACAUCAUCGAUCCUCACGCUGCACCCCGAGUCUUCAUCUCCUUCAAAGAGCUCAGAUCCACUGGGACAGCCCAGCACUUUGCCUACUUGCUCAACACAUCCGACUACCGUAUCCUGCGCAUGGACGAGGACCACGACCGUAUGUACGUGGGCAGCAAGGACUAUAUCCUGUCCCUGGACCUGCACGACAUCAACAAGGAACCGCUCAUUGUCCACUGGCCUGUCUCCCAGCAGAGGAAGACCGAGUGCAUUCUAAGUGGGAAGGACACCAAUGGCGAGUGUGGAAACUUCGUCCGCCUGAUUGAGUCCUGGAACCGGACCCACCUGUAUGUCUGCGGUACCGGGGCCUACAACCCCAUCUGUACCUACAUCAACCGAGGACGCAGACCCCAGGCCGCCAUGCACCUGCGGAUGCCCCAGAAUGGAGGGAGGGCUAGCCGGGCUGCCGAACCCCACGCGGUUUCCGAGACACUGGGACUAAAGGAAUACAUAUGGCAUUUGGAGCCGGGUAAAGUGGAGUCCGGGAAGGGAAAGUGUUCCUACGACCCAAAGCUCAACAGCGUCUCCGCUUUGAUCAAUGGUGAGCUCUAUGCUGGGGUCUACAUUGACUUCAUGGGGACGGACUCUGCCAUCUUUCGGACUGGGAAACAGACGGCCAUGCGUACAGAUCAGUAUAACUCCAGAUGGUUAAAUGACCCUUCCUUCAUUCAUGUGCAGCUCAUUCCUGACAGUGCAGAGAGGAAUGACGACAAGCUCUACUUCUUCUUCCGGGAGAAGUCUGCUGAGAUGGGUCAGAGUCCUCUGACCCAGGCCCGUAUCGGUCGGAUAUGUCUGAACGAUGACGGAGGACACUGCUGCCUGGUCAACAAGUGGAGCACUUUCCUGAAGGCCCGGCUCAUCUGCUCCGUGCCUGGUGCGGACGGGAUCGAGACGCACUUCGACGAGCUCCGCGAUGUUUAUAUACAGCCAACCCAUGACACUAAGAACCCCAUCAUCUACGGAGUCUUCUCGGUCUCAGGCUCCGUGUUCAAAGGCUCUGCGGUGUGCGUCUACUCUAUGGCUGACAUCCGCCAGGUCUUCAAUGGACCCUUUGCCCACAAAGAGGGGCCCAACUACCAGUGGGUGGCCUACACUGGAAAGAUCCCCUACCCUCGGCCUGGAACGUGCCCUGGGGGAACAUUCACCCCCAACAUGAAGUCCACCAAAGACUACCCAGACGAAGUCAUCAACUUCAUGAGGAACCACCCCACCAUGUACAACGCUGUGUACCCAAUACACAAGCGCCCCCUGGUGGUCCGGACCAACGUGGAGUACGAGUUCACCACCAUUACAGUAGAUCAGGUGGCUGCCGCAGACGGGAACUAUGAAGUUCUGUUCCUGGGAACCGACAGGGGGACGGUUCAGAAGGUGAUCGUUUUGCCUCGAGACGACGAGCAGACCGAGGAGCUGGUCCUGGAGGAGGUUGAGGUGUUCAAGGUUCCCACUCCCAUUACAACAAUGAAGAUCUCAUCGAAAAGGCAACAGCUGUACGUGUCCUCGGCUGUUGGCGUGACACACCUGGCCCUCCACCGCUGUGACGUGUACGGUGAGGCGUGUGCCGACUGCUGCCUGGCCAGAGACCCCUACUGUGCCUGGGACGGAAAGUCCUGCUCCCGCUACUCUGUCUCGCAGAAGAGGUCUGACCCCUUUAGACGCAGCCGAAGGCAGGACGUCAAAUACGGGAACCCCAUCCGGCAGUGUAGGGGCUUCAACUCCAACGCCAAUAAGAACACUCUGGAGAUGGUGCAGUAUGGAGUGGAGGGCAGUAGCACCUUCCUGGAGUGCCAGGCGCGUUCUCCCCACGCGGCCAUUAAGUGGCACCUGCAGAAGGACAACAGUGACCGCCGGAAAGAGAUGCGCUCGGACGGGCGAGUGCUGAAGACGGAGCAGGGUCUGCUGCUGCGCUCCCUCCAGCCGUCCGACUCCGGGGUGUACCAGUGUACCGCCACAGAGAAGAACUUCAAACACACCCUGGUCAAGCUGCAGCUGGUGGUCCUGUCCGGCCGCGCCGUCAACAACGUCUUGGUGGAGGGCGGGGAACCGGGUCCGUCUCCGCUCCAGGCCAGCGCCGGCCAGUACAAGGAUCUGCUGACUAUCCUGAGCCAGCCAGAGAUGGGCCUGAUCAAUCAGUACUGCCAGGAUUACUGGCAGAUGGGAGACCUUAUGAUGGGAGCCAUCAAGGGAAAAGACAUGAAAGAGCUCAAGGAGCAGAAGAAACCGCGCAACCGUCGACAUCAUGGGGAGGACGACGACGACGAGGAGGAAGAUGAGGAGAGGGAGGAGGAGGUGGAAACAUGAGAGGUCUCUCAACUGAGCCAAACCUUAAUGGCACCCCAUGGAAUCUGGGAAAGACUCAAUUAAAGAGUGAUGAGGUGAAAGAAAAUGGAAAAACUACAAACAAAAUGGAACUGGAAAAAAUAAACCCCAAACAAACCCCACAUCCCUUUUAACAAUAAAGUAUAUGAUACACAGUAUUUAUUGUAGGUUGUAUAUAGUAUCAUUCUGUGGAUUUCUUUGUACUUAUAGAAAAAUGCUCUGUGUAUAGGUACCUUUUGGGCAAAUAUUGUUAUAAAUGUUAUUAAUUUUAUUAUUGUUGUUAAUGUCAUUACAAAAAUCGCAUUUCCAUCGUUUGCCAUUGACAGCUCUGUUUAGAAUGUAAACUGGCAUAGAAAGGCUGAAAGAAGGUCAUCAUAAAGUAGAGAAA